UGUGAAUCAUGUCUACUUACGAAAAGAAAGCUUCCAAUCGAAAGGGCAACAAUGCCAAAAAGGGCCAAGCACAUCAAAACACAACUGCCUGGAAAGUCAACAAAAACUCUAAGAAAUCAAGAGAAAUCGCAGCUUUGCCAGUCUAUGGUCUCUGUCAACGCUGUACAGAUGUGAUCAUGUGGCGCAAAAAGUAUAAGAAAUACAAGCCUUUGACAACUGUAAAGAGAUGUACUUGUUGUCAAGAAAAGGCCAUUAAAGAAGCAUAUCAUGUUCUUUGUGAUAACUGUGCUCGUAACAAAGGUGUUUGUGCUAAAUGUUUGGAAUCAAAAGAAAUCCUUGUUACUAAGGAUGAAGUCAAGACAAGUGCUGAUGAACUAAGAGAAGAACAAGAAUUAGAACGCAUGUUGAGUAGAAUGACACUUCGUCAAAGAAGAAGUUAUAUGCGUAAAUUAGAAAGAGGUGAUGAUGUGUCUGGUAUUAUUAACAAGGCCGAGGACAGUGAUUUCGACUUUGAAGAAAGUGAUUUUGACGAUGAGGAAGAGGAAGAGGAAGAGGAAGAGGAAGAGAAAGAAGAGGAAGAAAAGAAAGAGAAGCAUUAAUUUUGUUACUGUAUAGAUAUAAGAAAAAUACCCUCUACUCUUUUCCAUGCACUUGUCAAUUCAUAGACUUAAAAUAAACAACUUUGCAUUUUAUUUUAUGUUUACAAGAG